AUGGCUCCUGGAAAUGGUUCUUUUGUGACUGAAUUCAUUCUGGUGGGGUUAACAGACCAACCAGAUCUUCAACUUCCCUUGUUCUUCCUGUUUCUAGUAAUGUAUAUGGUCACUAUGUUGGGAAAUUUUGGCUUGUUAACACUAAUUGUGCUGAAUUCAUACCUACACACCACCAUGUACUUUUUCCUCUUUAACUUGUCCUUCAUAGACCUGUGUUAUUCUUCUGUAUUUACACCCAAAAUGCUGGUAGAUUUUUUAUCAAAGAAGAAUACGAUCUCUUAUAUGGGAUGCAUGACUCAGCUCUACUUUUUCUGGGUUUUUUUUUUUUUUUUUUUUUUUUUUUUUGUCGUUUCUGAAUGCUAUGUGCUAACAUCAAUGGCCUAUGACCGCUAUGUGGCCAUCUGUAACCCACUCUUGUAUAACAUUGCCAUGUCCCCUAAAAUGUGUUCCAGCCUUAUGCUUGGUUCCUACUUGAUGGCAUUUUCUGGUGCCAUGGCUCACACUGGAUGCAUGCUGAGACUGACCUUCUGCGAUGCAAACACCAUUGACCACUAUUUGUGUGACAUCCUCCCUGUGCUCCAGCUCUCCUGCACAAGUACUUACGUGAAUGAGCUGGUAGUUUUCAUUGUGGUGGGCAUCAAUAUCAUUGUGCCCAGUCUCAUGAUCUUUGUCUCUUAUGGUCUCAUCCUCUCCAACAUCCUCCAAAUAUGCUCUACAGAGGGCAGGUCCAAAGCCUUCAGCACCUGCAGUUCCCACAUAACUGCUGUUUCUCUGUUCUUUGGUUCAGGGGCAAUCAUGUAUCUUAAACCGUCAUCUGCUGGGUCCAUGCAUGUGGGGAAAAUCUCUUCUGUCUUUUACACCAAUGUGGUUCCCAUGAUGAACCCCUUAACCUACAGCUUGAGGAACAAAGAUGUUUAA